AGAUAGUAUUAUCGCUUCAGUCAAGUCAAAGGUUAUCAGUGUCUUGGUCAAUCAAUGAAUAUUAACUAACAUUUAUUUAGUCAGUAUUGAGAAAACAAACAACCAAAAUACACGCCUUUCAAAGUGAAUAAAUAUCGAAAUUGUUUAGCUUUAGAUAAAAAAUGCAAGUACACAAUAAUUUGCGCCGUGCCAUCUGCAUACUCGGUUCGCGAACUCAGUUAUCUAACGCCGUCAAUAAAAUGAUCAAUCAGCGACCCGGUAUUCAAGCUUUAUUUGUAGCUAUUCGCCUACGAUCACAUUUUUCAGCGGCUGGUAAAUUAUAUGACAUUAAGUCUGGAUUUAAAAGUUUUGUGGCGAAUUAUUCAACGAAUAUGCCUGGAAAUCUAAAACUAUUAAGUGAUGGCAUUCGCGAAAGUGAUCCUGAGUUGUACGCCAUCAUAAAGGAAGAGAAGAAACGACAGUCUGUGGGUUUAGAAAUGAUUGCCAGCGAAAAUUUCACAUCGGUUUCGGUGCUAGAAUGCUUGAGUUCGUGCCUGCACAAUAAGUAUUCGGAGGGUAUGCCCGGUAAGCGUUACUACGGGGGCAAUGAAUUCAUUGACGAAAUAGAGCGCCUUGCACAAAAGCGUACCCUCGAAGUAUUCCGUCUUAAUCCCGAAGAAUGGGGUGUAAACGUUCAGCCCUACUCGGGUUCCCCUGCCAACUUUGCAGUGUACACCGGACUUUGCCAACCGCAUGAUCGUAUUAUGGGUUUGGAUUUGCCUGAUGGUGGCCAUUUAACACACGGAUUUAUGACAGCUAAAAAGCGUAUUUCUGCCACAUCCAUAUUCUUCGAGAGUAUGCCCUAUAAGGUGGAUCCACAGUCAGGUUUAAUCGAUUAUGAUCACCUGGAGGCGAAUGCUGAGCUCUUCCGGCCACGCGUAAUCAUAGCUGGAAUUUCAUGUUAUUCCCGUUGUCUUGAUUAUGGUCGUUUUCGUAAGAUCUGUGAUCAAAAUGAUUCUUAUCUUUUUGCUGAUAUGGCGCAUGUUGCUGGCCUGGUUGCAGCCGGUUUAAUUCCAUCGCCAUUUGAAUACGCUGAUGUGGUGAGCACUACGACACACAAAACAUUGCGUGGUCCACGUGCUGGCGUAAUUUUCUAUCGCAAGGGUGUACGCAAGGUGCUACCCAAUGGCGAAAAAGUGUUAUACGAUUUGGAAGAUCGCAUAAACGCAGCAGUAUUCCCAGGUCUACAGGGAGGUCCACAUAAUAACACUAUUGCUGGUAUUGCCACCGCCAUGAAACAGGCGCAGACAAAAGAAUUUGUUGACUAUCAAAAGCAGGUUAUCGCCAAUGCGAGUCGUCUUUGCGAUGGUUUAAUAAAGCGUGGUUACAAUGUUGCCACAGGCGGUACUGAUGUGCAUUUGAUACUGCUGGAUUUACGCAACAUCGGUUUGACCGGUGGGAAAGGCGAAUAUAUACUAGAAGAAGUGAAUAUUGCCUGCAAUAAGAAUACUGUACCAGGCGAUAAGUCUGCCUUGAAUCCAUCUGGCAUUCGACUUGGUACACCGGCUUUAACUACUCGUGGAUUAGUAGAGUCUGAUAUUGAUGUUGUCGUGGAUUUCAUUGAUCGUGCACUGAAAAUUUGUAUUGUAGCUACUAAAAUAUCCGGUCCGAAAUUGGUGGACUUCAAAGAAGUCUUAAAGUCUAACAAAGAAAUUGCAGAACAAUUGAGCGAAUUACGUAGUAACAUUGAAAAGUUUAGUGCGAAAUUUCCACUUCCGGGUCUUGAAGACUUUUAACUACUACGAUGAUGUACAUUAAAAAAGCUGCUAAAAAAACAACAACAAUAAAGAAGGUAGUUCCAUCGUCAGUACUCGCCUGAUAUUUAAAUAUA